ACUGCCAUAUUUAACCCUCACUACAAAUACCCAACCAUCUGCAUAUAUAUAUAUAUAUAUAUAUAUAUAUAUAUAUAUAUAUAUAUAUAAGCCAUUAUAAAAAACAUAUAUAUAUCAUAACGAAGCCACCCCGCCGCCAUCUUAUUAAUUUUCUUCACAGAUCAUAACUUCUAAUUACCUCCAUCGAUCCUAUUAUAUAAACGCGGCCAUUUUCCCUUGUUAACUACUACUCAUUUUGUUUCCUCCUCCAUCAAUCCCACAAAGAGACAAAAAGUGUUUAAAUUACAACCCUGCAACAUGGGUAACAACACGGCUGGCAAAGAGACAAAACUCAGCAAGUACAUCAAGGCAUCCGUUAGAAUCCUGGCCAAGAUCAGAGACUUCUAUAUCAAAGGUAUGACAGAAUGCUCCGGUCGCUUUAACUACGGAACGGGCACGGCUUUGGGUUGCCCCACUCCCCAUAUAUCCACUCUGCCUAAGAGCUUCAGCACCAACUCCGCCAGAUCGAGCAACAACAAUGAAGAUUUCCAGGAGCUUAUGAGGGUUGCUUCAACUAGAAGCCUUGGCAAUAAGAUUCAGGCGGAUCUUCUUCGAAAACAGCAGGCCGUCGUUGCCAAGUCUCCAACUACCACUGCACCUAAUAAUAUUCCUCGGAGCCGCAGCGUUGGUUUUGGGAGGAUCGAUGAAGACAAGCCCUGUGAAUUUGAAGAAGUUAUAAAGCUCAACGCAGAGGUUUAUCCAAGAAACCGAAGUUAUGCUGUCUCUAGGUGAAGUAGGUAACUUAAUUUUUAAGCAUAUAUACGGUAUGAGGAAAGAUGAUUGAAGAAAGGCGUUUUAAGCAUAUAUUACUAUAGGAGUGUUUUGAGGUCAACAUGUACAGAGUUGUAUAUCCAAGAAGCAGAAGCUACGCUCUCUUUGGAUCAUUUAAAUUUUAGUAUACUGUUCCUUUUGUUUUUGUU